CACCGCGCGAGAACCUUCGCGAGAGCUGCUUCACUAUCGAGAUCAGUAUUUGUGCUGUGAACAGUGUCCGUGUAUUAUGUUACAUCUCUGUCUUAAAUAUACUAAAUCUGUGUACACCAGUGUAAUAAAGCAUCGUUAUCGUAAAUAAUUCAAUCUUUUGAAUUUAUCCAUUUGUAAAAAAAAAUUUUUCCCUCCUUUAAGAAUAAUCAUAUUUGAAUACUAAUAAUGGGAUUAUAACACAAAUCAUAACUGACUUCAAGGCAGUGAGGUAGUGAUUAGUGAUUUUCCCAAUCAGUGGAUCGAUUAGUGUCAGUUGAGUGAGUGAAUAAGGAGCCGUUUCGUCUGAGGACAGCAGUAAACUUGGGAUGAUUGGAUUUUGUCUCCGUAUGUCACCCACUGGAACACUCGACUGAAAGGCAUGACUUGGCUGCAGCUGCUUAUGAUCUGGCUAGCCGCCGUGAUAGCAUCCCCGCCUUCCUGCAGAGUGUCCGAGUUCUUCUGCGACACAGGGCAGUGUGUGGCUCUCGACCGUUACUGCGACGGUGUGGAUGACUGCCCCGACAAAUCCGACGAACCUCGAUACUGCUCACCGUGCAACAGGACGUACUACGGGGACGUAGGGAGGACGUACGAGCUGGAGAUCCGCCGCCCGAGAGAGGACAGACUACCUUUUUUGUGUCACCUCAACUUCACUGCUGGUGGAGGAGAAUUUGGAGACUUAGUUCAGUUGACGUUUGACACGUUCACGGUGGGAAAGUUCGUGUCUUUUACGUCGGAGGGCUGCCCAGACGGACAUAUGUCAAUCAGAGAAACGGAGCGGCCUGACACUGAGGGCCAGUGGUGUGGAAGCGCCUGGGGCUACACUGUCUAUUACAGCGAGGGUCGCUCCCUAAAUCUGACCCUACUGCUGGACAAACUCUCAGAGCAGGGUAUAGGUUAUAACUUCGACUUCAAGUUGGCCUACAAGUUUCUCAAGCGAGAGGAGGCACACCUGAGGUACGGUAACAGCACGGCGGUCAGCUACCGUGGAGAGCUGCUGCCAGGGACGUACUGUGACCGGGUUCUGGAGGGGUGUGACCGCCGUCCGUGCCGCAUCCAGAGUCCCAACUACCCAGGAGUGUACCCCAGGAACGUGACCUGCUACUACCGCGUGGAGCAGCGGCAGGCACCCCGGGGCAAUCACGUCCUGCUAGCAGUUCGUCAGCGCAACAGCCACAAGAUACACAUCAAGGAUCAGAUCGUUAAAUACGAUCGGAGUCAGAGAGUGUUAAGGGUGUGGGACCAGUGUAAUGUCGUACAGGACUACCUGACAGUCUACGACGGUCCUUCCACCCUUGACCCGGUGUUGGUGCGGCUCUGCGGAGGUGACGUAGUUCCGGACAUCAUCAGUAGCGGCCCCAAUAUGUUACUGGAGUUCCAUACCUCACCGUACGACAACCCAUUCCAUCCCGUACCUCUCAGCUACCUUCCUGGGUUUGAGCUAGAGGUCCAGGCACUAUUUGUGGAGGCACGAUCACACAAGUACGUCAGAGAUGGACGUCAGUGUGAGUUCCUAUUGACCAGUUUUGACUCGCCCUGGGGGGUCCUGGAAAACCCGCGGCACUCCUUACCCCCCAACACAACUUGCCGCUACCACUUUCAGGGCCGCACUCACGAAACGGUGUGGCUAUCUUUCAUCAAGUACCACGCAGCAAGCGCUGACCCUGCAGCUUUCCAACUGGGCGCCGAGUGCAACGCUCGUCUCCGUAUUUGGGAUGGGCGUAUCACUUCCGUCACAGGCCUUCAGACCAAUGUAAGCUUGUUGGGCGAGUUCUGCAAGGAUGAAGUUCCAAGACUCUGUGACCAUACGCUACUCAGCAACAGUUCACGCUUUACUCGCCCAUGCUCUCUAGCCGAGAGUUACGUGAGUUCUGGAAGCGAACUCACUCUAGAACAGUUCCUCAGGCAAGGCUCUGUCUUGUUCCCGCUCAACUUCCUCAUACGCUACGAAUUUGUGGACACAUCUCUGGAAGGGAAUCACGUCAAAGGAUCUGAAAAUCCUUGUGACCGAGUAUUUAUGUCUUCUACAAACUCUUUACCCUCUGGGAAGUUUCAGUCACCAAGAAGCGUUUUCUACUAUGGAAGAGGAGGUGCUCAAAAUCUUAGUUGCAUCCUACGGUUUGAGCCCGGACCAGGUGAGAGAGUUCGCUUGACAUUUACUAGAGCGAAGUUCGGAGAGAGACCAUGUUCUACUCAGGAAGACGCCAGGACUGGAAGAUGGAAGUGUAUUAAGGCCAUUGAGUCUCCUGCUAUAGCGGAACUCUGGGUAUCGGAGUAUCCCUGGCCGGCUAUACAGCUUCCUCGGGAUUGUGUAUGUUCCAAAGUGUCUGACCCGAUAACCGUUACCACUCUAACUACCUCAGCAGUUGAAGUGAACUUUACCGUCACUUUCAUGAACAUCACUCAGGACUUUAGUGACUUUUACUUCGAAGGUGAAUAUCAAUUUAUAAGCGUUCCCUCAGAAGUCGUUGGUGAAGCUUGCGCAAAGCACAGGGACGAAAGGAGGUUACGAGGAUCCAGUGGGGAAGUGGUUCUUAGAAGUCCUGCUGUCAGUAAAGUGGAGUUCAACGAAGUCAUUGCUGCUCGUGUCAGUGAAGAGGUGGCAAGCGAAGAACGCGUUGAAUUGAACAGUUGUGCAAACUUUCCUUGGUUGGUAGAGCCAGAGGAUACUUCAAAUAACUUCUUAUAUCUAAAAAUCAAAGGUUAUGAACUUCCUCAGAGCAGAUGGAAAAAGGAUUCUUUCCAAUGCGAUACGUUGAACCGUAUCUUAGUGUACACUGGUGCUGGUGCUAGAGAACCAAAGGUGGUUUGCCCUGCAGGGGACAUAGGUGGCCAUAAGUUGCGUGUAGUGGAGGUGUUUUCUGACGGUUGGAACCGUAGCUCAAGUCUGACUCUGUUGACGCCUCACGCCAGAAGCUUUGUGGUAGAGUUCCUGGAGAGAGAGCCUGGAAGUUACUCUGUAUCCUGGAUGGAGGUCUCCAAGAGACCGCUCCUCACUGCAACCAGUUCCUUUGUCAUGUCUUCUACAAGUCCUCUAGAUUGUCCAUACAGGUGUCCUGAAUUGAACGCAUGUAUCAGUGCCGAGCUUUGGUGUGACGGCACGCGUCACUGCCCCUCCGGGUACGACGAGGAGGAGUCCAACUGCGCUUUCCAAUUUGGGAUCCCUGUGCUGUACGUGUACAUAGGGGCGGGGGCUCUGCUCGUGCUGACUCUGCUCAUUCUCAUCACCGCCUGCCUUAAAUUCCGCCAGCACAGGCGCAACCAGCGGAAGAAGAAGAAGGCGGCCCGAGCCAGUAACCACCUGCACGUAAACCACAUGAGUCACAACGGGGAUGCCCUGGGGAAGCGGUACCCCGGAUCUCCUGAGGACCUCUUCCUCGACGGCAAGGACAGCCUGUGUUGACAAAGCGUCCUGGCCAUGGAGACCACCGUCUGACGAAGCGAGGAUGACGGUGAGGACUCCGUUAUGCCCGACUUGGUGUUUAACGAGAGGAAUCGUCGCGGGGGUUUUCCCUAAUCAGUGAUUUGCUCAUCCUAAUGUUCGUCCCGAAAUCCAAAAGGACCUUUACAUAGGGCCAAAUACAUAUACGGACGGAUCAAUACUUUUAUGUAAAUAGCUAUGUAGUGUUUUACGACAAAUGUAAUUCUGUAAUGUCAAAACGUUUUAAACUGUAUUUAUGUAAGUUGAAAGGCAUAAUAUUGAGAAGGUUGAAAUGUUUGUUUCUAUAUUGAAAGGUAUUUAUUUUAUACGCAAGAAGACUGAUAACAAGUUUUAUACGAGAAUAAGCACACGUACGAAGGACUUAAUGUUUUUAUAAUUCAUUUGUAUAAUACCUGUCUUGAAAAAUAGCCUAAUUUAUUUGCCAAAUAUAAGCAAUAUAAAUAAAAUUAAUAAUGAUUUAAGGGACUGUCACGAUGUUUCCAUUUAAAGCUAAACAUAACUAUCGUUUUUCGUUCCUUUUUCAUAUCUCAAGACAGUGAAAUAUGAAUUUUAAGUUAUGAAGUAUAUAAUGGAAUUGACAAAGUUACAUCAUAAUUGAACUUUGUUUAUGUCAAAACUUACAGUGUAAAUAAUUACAUUGAAACAGAUCUCCUGUUAGAUAUAUGUUCUUUGUCACUGGCUGUAUAUAAUACUCAAAUAAGCUAGAGUAACUUAACUAAAAAUAAGGUUAUAUACAAUCUAUUUACAAUCAAUUUUUUACUCUGAAUUUAAUUUAAGUCGGAAUUUAAAGACAAUUACAAUGGAAUAUAUAUUUAUAUUUAAGAAUAAAUUAUGUAACAUGAACUAGGAAGUUACAGUAACAUUUCUGUUGCAAGUAGUAAGUUAGAUUUUCUAUCUAUGUACAUAAGCCCUGAAAAUUUAUAAUUUUAAUUUUAGAUAUUAUUGAAGUAUGUUUUCUAUUAACUGAGUGACUUGAUUUGGGAUACUGAUAUAGAAUAUUUAUUUAUUUUGUAAUAAGUUUUGUUUAUAAAAAUAAAAACGUAAUUUAAACCUGAGUUGCAACUAUAAAAAUGCAGUAAUUGUUCCAACGGUGAAUCAUUCUUCGCCACUGACAAAUUGUAUUUAAUUCAAAAGCAUGAUAUUGUGCGUCAAAAGUAUUUAAUAUUUAGUUUAAAAGGCUAGCAAAUCUAUACAUAUUUAUGAAAGUGUGGUAUUUGGUAGCAAACUCAAAAAGAGUAUACACAAUCGUAUUUUAUAAUAUUAUUUAUUGUUUAACAUGUAUGAUUAACAUUACAGUAACUUACUGAAAAUAAGAAAUUAUUAAAUUUUGCCGUUUUUGAUUGUCCCGAACAAGUAUUUACUAUGUUCAAACUGUUUUUAUUAUCGUAAAUAAACUUUGAAAGUAACAAAUAUAGAAAUAUACUUUGUAUUUAAUUAUUAGAAGUUACAGUCUCAAUUUACGUUGCAACACAAUAAAUCCUUGCUUGAAAACAUUCAGAAUAAUUAUAAAAUAUGGUUAUAUUUAUACAUGUUUAUUAUUUGAUGUUUCAGAGUCAUUCAGCUAAUAAACGCCUAACCAUUUGUGUAAAUUACAAAUUCUGUUACUUAAACAGUUUGGUGUUUUCAAACACCUUUCGUAUUAUUUUUGUGUCAUUAAACUAUUGGUUAGCAAAGUAACAAU